CAUGAGUGUUGGACGCAGAAGAUUAAGGUUGCUGGGAAUUCUAAUGAUGGUAAACUUCUUUAUAUAUGUCAUUGUGGAAGUCUCAAAGAGUGCUGGCCAAGAGAAGAAUUCAAAAGGACGUGUUGUAGUACCUCUCAAGAAGUUUUGGAGGAAAUAUACUCCUCACAAGGCAUAUUGGAAUAAACAGCAGCAGAAGUUGGAACGCGGGUACAAUCCCAUUUUGGCAUUGCUUUCCAACAUGACUUCGGAAGAGAAUUUAUCAUCUAAUGGUAGUUUUUUGAAUCCUUGCGAUCCUGAUCCAUUUGUUGCUUCAGAACUCAGUGACUUUGCGGAUUUGCCUGACAGGUUUAAAGACUUCUUAUAUUAUCUGAGAUGUAGAAAUUAUUCAUUAAUAGUGGAUCAACCACACAAGUGCAAACACAAACCUUUUCUGCUUCUGGCUAUCAAAUCGCUCAUACCACAUUUCGAUAGAAGACAGGCAAUCCGUGAGUCUUGGGGGAAGGAGAUUAAAUCCGGAGACGUAACUGUUGUGAGAGUCUUUCUAUUGGGCGAGACCCCUCCAGAGGAUAAUUAUCCCAAUCUCUCAGACAUGCUCAGAUUUGAGAGCGAAACCCACCAAGACAUUCUUAUGUGGAACUACAGAGAUACUUUCUUCAACUUGACUCUGAAAGAAGUACUGUUCCUGAAAUGGGUCAGUAAUACCUGCCCAGAUGUCCAGUUUGUUUUUAAGGGAGAUGAUGAUGUUUUUGUGAAUACCCAUCAGAUCCUGGAUUACUUGAAAAGUUUAACCAAGGAUAAAGCCAAAGACUUAUUCGUAGGUGAUGUGAUUAAAGAUGCUGGACCUCAUCGUGAAAAGCACCUGAAAUACUAUAUUCCUGAAAGUAUUUAUGAAGGCUCUUAUCCUCCAUAUGCAGGAGGCGGUGGGUUCCUCUAUUCUGGUCAACUAGCACGACGGUUAACCAAUGCAUCUGAACAGGUCCUUCUCUACCCUAUCGAUGAUGUGUAUACGGGAAUGUGCCUUCAGAAGCUCGGCCUUGCCCCGGAAAAACACAAAGGCUUUAGGACUUUUGACAUUGAAGAGAAACAGAGGGAUAACAUCUGUUCCUACACAAACCUGAUGUUAGUCCACAGCAGGAAACCUCAAGAGAUGAUUAAGAUUUGGACACGUUUGCAGGACCCAAAUUUAAAUUGCUGAGCCUGAUGCAUGGGGAGUGUGUUGCGUCCGAAAGCUCUUUCCAACAUUGGGUUUAAACAAGUAAUAUGCUGUCUUUGUCCAGAGGCUAGUUUUUGCAAAUGAAAUUAGCUGUAAACGGCUUACCUAGUACUUACGAAGGUGAGAGUCCAUCGCAUUUGGAGGAUGUGGCAUGAAGAAUGCAGUCCUUAACCUUUCUACUGUCUGAUUCCUAUGCCUAACAAAGCAUGUAAUAAUUAUGGCCUUUUGAAGCUGUUAUUGUUUGGCCCUGUAAUAUUGGAGGUAUGGGUCUCCUAGUGGUAGAAGCCAUACGGGUUGUUUCUCUGCAAUGAAAUACCUUGUUGUAAAUCCAGGAAAAUAACUUCAACGUGAUUGACAAUCCCUAAACUACUUUUUUUAAAAAAUUGUGUGAGUUUCCCUCUCCCCCCACACAUACCAUGUUUGCCCCACUCCUGAACAGUAUUCAGUGAAAUGUGAUGGAACCGUCUUUGUGACAGCACCUGUAAAAAUUCAAGUUGAUCCAUCUACUUCUUCUCAGAGAAGCGACACAACUUAAAAACUUGGUGUGUAAUUUGGGAAGACAAGGUUUUGUUUUUGUUUUUUUUAAUGGAAUUGGCUGAUGGACAAACACUUUCACCGGCAUCAGAACUUUGAUUUAGUGGGCUUCACACGCAGUUGUUGUCUUUUCUCUGUUGUUAAAGUUAUUUGUGCAGUUUGAUUUGAUUCAAUAAAUUCAUAUGAAACGACUUAAGUUGAUUCUAAAAGGUUGGAUGGUUUUGUGUGCAGGGCUAGACUUAAAGCCAGUUGCGUUGGUUUAUUUAUUUAUUUUUUUGAGAUCCCGAGUUUUUGAAACCUGGAAUCGCAAAGCUAUUUCACGGGCCCAGAACACCCUGUUUGCCAUAUUUUCAUGUGUGUCAUAUCAGACAAUUACUUGGAACAGUGACUGCUCUCGUUAUGUAGAAGUGCCUGUAUUUAUUGUUCAAAUUGAAGACCAAAACACUUUCUUAAGUAUAUUUUGUGUAACGAUUUAUUUGUAUAGUGUU